AUGUCUACACCACUGGAGGAUGCGAUGGACACCUUGAUCAAGAUUUUCCAUCACUACUCUGGCAAAGAAGGAGACAGAUACAAGCUCAGUAAAGGAGAGCUCAAGGAGCUCUUCGCCAGCAAGCUCACUAACUUCCUUGCCUGUUUAGGACAAAAGGACCCCCUUCUGGUUGAUAAGAUUAUGGAAGAUCUGGACUCCAAUAAAGACAAUGAAGUGGAUUUUAAUGAAUUUGUCAUUCUGGUUGCUGCUUUGAUUGUGGCAUGUAAUGAUUUCUUCGAAAAACAGCUAAAGAAAGAGGGAUUUUAA